AUAAGUGUUAGUCCAACAUUGUGGAUAUCAUUAAGUUCUUUAUUCUUUCACGCUGAAUAGAAGUCAGCAUGAAACUAUUCGCUGCUUUGUUUUUCGUCUUGGUGCUAACUGCUGUUUGUAAUGGCGGGUACCCCAAGAUAACUGCCAUCUUCGCCGACCCGCGCAGGUACAGCGGCCGGUUCUUGUCGGGCCGCUACGACGCCAACGAGAUCUACAGCUUCAGGAAGAACGUCUCGCUGGACGCCGUCAUCGUGCCGACGCGGAUAUCGCCCGGCGACCAGUCCGAGGAGUACGCCGAGACGUACAGGAUCCUGGUGGAGGCGGCCGACGACCUGGGAGACUACGGCUACCACGAGGACGUCGGGGUGGGCUACUUCAACGGCACCGCGCGCACGGGCUCGGCCAUCUCCGUGCCCAUAGUGUCCAUCCGGGACCCGGAGCACAGCCUCGUCGCCGCGCCGACGAGGAACGGCUCGGUGCUGCGCUACGUCGUGUACGUCGAGUACGGCUCGAUGCGGAUGGCGUACUACCCGGAGUUCAGCAACCGGAGCCUGGACUUCCUCGACGUGUUCAGCAACCAGCCGAGCGCGUACGGCGUCGUCGUCGGGCUCGAGUACUCGCACCCUUGAGUGGCUCGCCUAGUGUAGGUGAGGCUAUGUGAUACGUGUGAUGCUGCUGGUGCCUCUGGGCGCAAAUCUCUGUGCAACCAUAACGUCACACGGCAGCAAAAUGAAAAUAAAUCUACAAUAGAA